CGGAGCUCGCCAUGAAGCGGCCCAGGGAACCCAGCUGCUCCGACAGCGAAUCCGACGGACCCAUCGACGUGGGCCGGGAGAGUGAGCUGAGCCAGAUGGCCAGGCCGCCGUCCACUCCCAGCCCCUCCCAGAUGCAAGCCAGGAAAAAACGGAGAGGGAUCAUCGAGAAACGGCGCCGGGACCGCAUCAACAACAGCCUCUCCGAAUUGCGGCGCCUGGUCCCCACGGCCUUUGAGAAGCAGGGCUCCUCGAAGCUAGAGAAAGCCGAGGUCCUGCAGAUGACGGUGGACCACCUGAAAAUGCUCCACGCCACGGGUGGGACAGGAUUUUUUGAUGCCCGAGCCCUGGCAGUCGACUUCCGGAGCAUCGGCUUUCGGGAGUGCCUCACCGAGGUCAUCAGGUACCUGGGCGUCCUGGAAGGGCCCGGCAGCCGUGCAGACCCAGUCCGGAUUCGCCUUCUCUCCCACCUGAACAGCUACGCAGCAGAGAUGGAACCUUCGCCCGCAGCCGCUGGUCCCCUGGCCUUCCCUGCCUGGCCCUGGUCCUUCUUCCACAGCUGUCCAGGGCUGUCAACCCCAAGCAGCCAGCUUGCCAUCCUCGGAAGAGUGCCCGGCCCCGUCCUGCCGGGUGUCCCCUCCCUUGCUUACCCCAUCCCGGCCUUCCGAACCACUCCCAUGCGCAGAGCCGCUGGGGCCAUCCUGCCGGCCAGGAGGAGUUUGCUGCCCAGCCGAGGGGCACCUGCAGCCCGGAGGGCCCGCCCCCUGGAGAGGCUGGCUGCGCCCUUGGCCCUGGCCUCAAGCAGCAGGGCAGCCCGGAGCAGCCACGUGGCACCGCUCCUGCGGUCUCCUUCCCCCACACCUCCUGGCAUGGCGGGAUCCCCUGCUUAUGCGGUGGCUCCUGCCUCUAGGUCCUCUUCUCCAGGGCCACCGGGGAGGCCAGCGGGGGCUGUGUGCUGCCACUCCUGGGUCUCUGAAAUCACCGAAGUCGGGGCUUUCUGAGCUGGUUUUCCUCCCAGGAGUGAGGAGAGUCCUUUUCCCAGGAGCUCUCAAAAUGGCGCUGCCUUUUCUGCUCUGCUUCCUGGACUAGCUUCUAGCCGAAGGCAUCUUCACCCACCAGAGGCCUGUUCCUCCUUUGGCCCAUCAACCCUCCUCACUGCUUGUCCUGCUUGUCCAGCCAGCUCUCACAGAGCUGUGCUGAUCUCAGAAGCUUGGUCUGGUUUCUGACCUGGAUGGAUGAGUCCAGGGAGAGCCCCUAAGGGCUAAGGGCCAUGCCCAUUGUGGAGCAGCAGGCUGAAUCUCAGCUCUGGGAACAAAGCUCCAACCUGAAAGCACAAUGACCUGAGGCAGGCUGCUUUCCUCCAGACGGGCUAGAACCAGAAUGUAGUGUCUGCCUGCUCCCUAAAACUGGUAACUGAGCAGGGGCCACAAAGCCGUCUCUUGGGAACGGUGUCUGGCCCUGCCUGUUUGUCUGGCCAACCCCACUGCAGCUGCACAGGCCCCAUUGCAGCCAGGCAAGCCCACUGUCCACGAUGGUCAAGGUCUGGGGACUGGAGUCCCAGCAGGGCCUUCUCCCAUCACCUUCCCAGCUGCAGACACUCACCCUCCAGUUGACUGACAGCUCCCUGUGCACAGCUGGGAGGUCUCCAGGCAGCAUAAAUGCUCAGAGACAGGGCGUCCUCACCACCAGGCCUCGACAGUGCCCCCAGACGGGAGCCAGGACUGAGUGUCUGAGGAUCCAGCGCCCUGCCUCUCGCGGGCGUGAGGUCCUCGCUGGCGCAUGGCGUGAGGGCACGUUCCCACAUGAUGGGGCCCAGAGAGGAAUCCUCUGGGGAUUCAGCACCAGACGUUUGGAUGCCUGGUUUGCAUCCAGCUCACGGAGCACAGACGGCUGGAAUGGCCAAGGGCUGUCAGGCCAGACAAAAAUAACUACAAGGAGGGGCAAGAGGAAGGACAGUCAGAGGCGGCUAGGCCCUUCAAGGUCACACAGUGGGUGGAGGGCCUGAGAUCCUGCUCACCCAGGAUUCCACACAGCUGGCUCUGCUCAGAGGUCAUUUCAUCAGCCAGCUCCAACUGGGCCACUUCUGCCCCCCCCCCCCAGAGGGAACAGAUGGCAGCCACUGCUCCCAGCGGGGCCACAGAGACUGGAAGAGAGGGCCAGACCUGGGACUGGCAUUCAGCUCGACCAGUGUCACCAGACCAGUUGUUGAGAUGUAGAAACACUACGGUGGUAAAUGUCAUCGGUAAAUAACGGGGCUCCUGGGUGCCCCCACCAUGUUUUCCCCCAGGACCCUGUGAUCUGGCUGAUAUCCCAAGGCCACACAUCUUCUGGCUGGCAGUUCUUGGCCAUUUAUUCUACACCUGUUGUUAAAUACUUCAAAUAUCACCCCUGGGGAGAUUCUCCCCCAACUCUUUGAUGGAACUACCCCCAGUGGCUGAAUUGAGGCACAUUCAUGAACUCAAAGGUGGAGUUUGCAGAAACCCUGGGGGAAAAGGGUCCUUUCAGAGAAGUGGGUAAGAGAGCAGAGGUCACUUAGGUGACCCAGAAAGCUCUUUUGAAAGUCCUCUCUUGGAGGCAUAAAGAGCUGAAGUAGUUCUUUCACUCCACGGUGUGAGUCAGCUUGCUCAGUGUCCUCCUGGACCAUCUGAGGAGCUCAGCAGUGAGGAGAGAGGGCAUCCCCUCAGGAAGUGGGUCACCAGCCAGCACAGCCCCUGAGGGAGACAGAAGGUGGGGGGUGGAGGGGGGCAGGGCGCCUGGCGGGUUCCCAGGAGCUGGGAGAGGGGGACUGAGGGAGGUUGCAGAGACUGAGAUCAGCUUCACCUUCCUCAAAAAAGAGCAGAAAACCUGCGUCCUCCUUCUUCUCUGCCGCCUCCUCGUCUUCCUCUUCCCCAUCCUUCACCUCCUCCCUCCCCCUCUUCUUACCUGCCUCAGGUGGCAGCUUGCUGUUCCCAGAGACUGGUCAGAGCUGCAGUGGGCCACUCCCUGGCCUUUCACAGGGGGGCUGUGGAAGCACAGUUCCAUGUCUCAAGUCCCCAACUCCAAAAGAACUUGUUGACACCACUGAGUGAGGUGGAAAUGGCCCAGAACUUUCAGUAUAUUUGUUGAUCUUGGGUUAUCCUCCCAGAAAUAUGGGCGGUGGGGGCGGGGUGAAGGUAACUCUAUGUAUUUGUUUCCUCAGUAGAGGACUUGUUUAUAUUCCCAGGCCUCUCUGGGGCCCCUGACUCCCACCCCAUGCUGGGGUUGUCGCAGACAGCCAAUAAAGCUUUUU